UUUCCACCACCACCCAAAAUAAGCAUCUUGCUCUAUCUCUCUCUCUAGCUAGCAAGCUUUCUCUCUGCGACAAGUGAUAUGGCUCCAAAGAACGAUGGAUCCACAAAAAAGGUUAUGAACAAAGGAGCCUGGACUGCAGAAGAAGAUAGAAAACUUGCAGAGUACAUUGAAAUCCAUGGUGCCAAGAGGUGGAAGACUGUUGCUUCCAUAGCAGGAUUGAAUCGAUGUGGAAAGAGUUGCAGACUGAGAUGGCUGAACUACCUGAGACCGAAUAUCAAGAGAGGAAACAUCUCUGAUGAUGAAGAGGACUUGAUACUUCGUCUUCAUAAGCUACUUGGAAACAGGUGGUCACUGAUUGCGGGGAGACUCCCAGGCCGAACAGACAAUGAAAUAAAGAACUACUGGAAUUCACAUUUGAGCAAGAAAAUAAAGCAGAAGAAUGAGAAAGCGACAAUGGCUUCGACAGCGAAAGAGACCAGUACCACUAGUACUACGACCACUACUCCUCCCCAUAAGGCACUAAACGAGAGCAGUAGUGCUCGAGCAGACAAAGACGAAGAAGAAGAAGAAGAACGAGUAAAACUAGGAACAAGUUCGGAGGGUAACUUCGAUGUGAACGAGUUCUUUGACUUCUCCACUGAAGGUUCGUAUGGGUUAGACUGGGUGAACAAGUUUCUUGAGCUUGAUGAAGACCCCAUGGCUGCUGCUUACAGAGAAAAUAAUAAGGUGAGCAUUAUGUAAUUGAAUUAUAAACAAGUGUGAGUUUUCUUUUCCCAUU